AUGUUGUCUGCACAUUUGAUCAACGUUGAUUUUAUAUGUAUUGCAGGCUCCAAGCGCCGGGGCCCCCUGGUCCCUCCUGCCCCGGACCCCCACCAGCUCUUCGAUGACACCAGUGCUGGUUUCCAACAUGCACAAGGCACCCCUGCCUCAGGAAUCGACAUGGGCUUCAACACCCUCCUGGCUGACCCAAUGGCUAACGUGGCCGUGGCCUAUGGCUCCUCCAUCGCCAGCCAGAGCAAGGACAUUGUCCACAAGGAGAUCCACAGGUUCAUGUCAGUGAACAGGCUCAAAUAUUUUUUCGCCGUGGACACUGCCUACGUGACCAAGAAGCUGGCGCUGCUGCUCUUCCCGUAUGCACACCAGAACUGGGAGGUUCGGUAUAGCAGGGACACACCCCUGACGCCCCGGCAGGACAUCAAUGCGCCGGACCUGUACAUCCCCAGCAUGGCCUUUAUCACCUACAUCCUGUUGGCCGGCAUAGCCCUGGGCCUGCAGCAAAGGUUCUCCCCGGAGGUGCUGGGCAUGUGUGCCAGCACUGCCUUUGUGUGGGUCGUUAUUGAAGUCCUCGCCCUGCUCCUGAGUCUGUACCUAGUGACAGUGCAGAGCGACCUCACGCCCUUCGACCUGCUCGCCUACAGUGGGUACAAAUACGUGGGGAUGAUCCUGGCUGUGCUGGGGGGGCUGCUCUUUGGCAGUGAUGGGUACUACGUGGCCCUUGCCUGGACAUCCUGUGCCCUCAUGUACUUCCUGGCACGCUCCCUGCGAAUGAAGCUGCACCCGUCCCUGGUGCCAGAUGGGAUGGGGCAUCCCAGGGGCGGUGGGCGUGGUCAGACCUAUGUCACCCUGGGGGCUGCUGCCUGCCAGCCACUCAUCGUCUACUGGCUCACCUUCCACCUGGUCCGCUGAGAUGGGGCAGCGUAGCGCCCUGGGGGACAGUCCGUCCCAGACACAUGGACUCCUGGGACGCCCCCAGACAUACAGGCACCCAGGACACACAUCCUCCAAUGCACAGCUGCCGGGAACCAUACACAACCUGAAGCAUGGACACCUCAGACCCCCAUGUGGGGGCUGGCAGCCAGGACUCCUGGGUUCUAUCCCCAACUGGCUGGGUGACCUGAGGUGUGUCCCUUCUCCUGCCUAUGCCUCAGUUUCACCCUCACUUUGAAGGAGGGAUGAUAACACUAACCUGCCCUCUGGGACUUGCCCAGCCACAUCACCUCAGGUGCAGGGCCCUACCCCCCACCUCCCAUCUGCUGGUGGGUAUCUGAUCCCCCAGUCCCCUGGGAUGGAAAGUACCCCAAAAAAACAGUGUUUCCAGCAUAUCAGUGUUUUCCUGGAGAACUCCAUCAAAACCCAACACUUGGGGAGAGGGAAUAAAGAGCCCUGACUAACCAGCAGUCUGUGUGUCAAUGCUGGGCCAUGGUGCUAGGGGGAGCUGUGCAGCAGGGAGUGGGGCAGUGGCCCAAUAGGGGGCACUUUGCCCUUGCAGCCCUGGCCCCAGUGCCCAGGCAUGAUACUAGGCGGGCUGUGGAGCAGGAAGCAGGGUGGGGACUCAAUAGGGGAGCAUUCUACCCUUGCAGGCAUUGUGGACCCCGCUACACACAGUACUAGUACAGUGCCCCUCAAUCCCAACCUGAUGCCACUGCAAUUUCUGUCCCAUUCAUAGAACCAUAGAUUAUAUAUCACAGAAUCAUAGAUAGGUAGGGCCGGAAAGGAGACCUAGACCAGCCUGCUGCUCUGAGCAGGACUGAGUACACCAGGGAUUGUUGGGAUCAUCUAGUCUGACCUCCUGUAUGACACAGGCUGAAUUAAUUCCUCUUUGAACUAGAGCAGAUACUUUGGAACAAAUCCAGUUUUGAUUUAAAAAUUGCAAUUGACGGAGAAUCCACCAAUCCUUAGGAAGUUGUUCCAUAGUUAAUUAUUAAAUUGUUAAAAACUUGUGCCUUAUUUCCAGUCUGACGUUGUCUAACUUCAACUUCCAGCCAUUAGAUCGUGUUAGACCUUUGUCUGCUAGAUUGAUGAGCUCUCUGUUAUCCAAGUGCUGUUCCCCAGCAGGCACUUCUAGAGUGCGACCAAGUAAUCCCUUCGCUUUCUCUUUACGCUAAAUAGAUCAGGCCCCUGGAGUCUCUCACUCUGAGGCCUGUUCUCUAAGCCUUUAAUCAUUCUCGUGACUCUUCUCUGAGCCCUCCAAUUUAUCAGCAUCCCUCUUGCAUUAUGGCCACCAGAACUGGACGCAGGAUUCCAGCAGCUGCACCAGUGCCACCUAUGGAAGUAACAGAGCCUCCCUUCGACUCAAGCUUCCCCUAUUUAUACAUCCCAAGAUUGCAUUAGCCCUUUUGGCCACAGAUUCACGUUGGGAGCUCACAUUCAGCUGGUUAUCCACCAUGACCCCCACUGCCUCCCAGGAUAGAGUCCCCCAUCCUGUAAGUGUAACCUACAUUCUUUGUUCCUAUAUGUGUAACUUUACAUUUUGCCAUAUUAAAUCACAUAUUGGUUGUUUGCACCCAA